CUCCAUUUCUGGAUCAGUGUGCCUUGUGCGCGUUGCGUCCAAAUGAACUCCAAUUCGCAACCAACAUGACUUGCGGCCACAACGACCGAUUGUUCUCCCAACUGCGUUGACUACUUAGGACAUCCCCGACUAACAGUUGUAAGACGUUUCCAGAAUGAGUCUCGCCCCAUAGCCGCGCUCGUUGUCGCUUCUGCCCUGCCCCUCUCACAGUGCCCUUCUUGUUAUUUUCGCCUUCGACGAUGUAUCAGCCUCAAACAGGGAGGGCUCCGCCUAGACUGUCGCGCCAGAUACCUCGCCAGUCUCCUUACCUGCUGCGCCAUGUGCGCGUGCCCUAUAAAAGUGGCUACCAUCAAGCUGCUGGUGGCGAUGUGAGAGCACAGAGACAAGGUCCGGUCACGUCUGCGGCGCAAGGCAAAGACAACCCCAACAGCAGUUCCAUCAACCCCCAAAUGCUGUCAGCGUCCUCCAUAUCAAGCUCUCGAAAAGUCUCUGAGACGCAAGAAGACAAUCCUGAAUUGAGGUAUCUCUAUUUCGCGAGCCAUGUUCAUAUUCAUGAUCAAGUUGAACCCGCUCGCCAAUGUCUAAACGCGGCUUAGGACCUACAUCUCCGACGGAUUCGGCGCCAUCCAACACGCCCUGUUCGACCUCAACGAACAAAUCGGCCAUUUGUCUGCUAGGAUGGACGAUUACCUCAAGAUACUCGAGUCAGCCGGAGCAUCAGUUGUGCCGGAGGGCUUGGAGACGGACGACCUGGACCUGGGAGACAUGGCCAAUCUCGUCAACUAUUAGCCAAGACACAAUCGAGCCGAGCUUGGGAGGAUGGGGACAUCUGCCAUACGAACGGCUCC